ACAGCUGUCGGGUGUAAUGAUGCUUAGAAUUGAGGUUAUGUUUCAGAUAAUAUUACUACGUACAAAUCAAGUAAUUUUUAUGUUUAUUUUUAAAAAUUCUAAUUUUUAACUCAUUUUAAAGUUGCUAUUUUUAGUAACAAUUCUUGAUUGAAUAUCAAGAAACAAUGGGGAUAGUUUCAGUAAGAAAUGUUUGAAUAAAAAGAUAGUUAUUUUGCUUUGAGGUUUGCUUGAUCAAUUUUAUUCAAAUAUAUAUUUGCCAGUUGAAGUUGAAGGGAUGUCCAACUCAAUUUAAUGAAUAUCAUUAGAGAAUCGUAUAUGAACCUAAGGAGUAUCAUUCCUUCAAAUUUACAUUUGCAAAACUAUAAUGAUUUGGAAGAAGAAAUACUUGACUUGACAAAGGACUGUUAUAAACAAUUGCUGCUUCUUGAUGAGCAAAUAAUGAAAAACGAAAAUUUUAAAUUUGAAGGCGUUCUUGAUGAAAUAAAAUCAAUUGUGCAAAUUGUACUGGACAGGACAUGGGAAAAUUUGAACACCGGCCAUUGGUCACAAGUUCCAGAAUCUCAACGGUUCAUUUACUCUCUUGGAAGCCUUUUUCUCUCAAUGAUUAGUGUGAUGCAAGCGUUUCUAGUGCAAAGUGAUCAACAAAAGUACUGUUUAGAAAAAGGACUUAAAGAUGCUGAUAUGGGUUUAUUGUUAGGUUGUGCUUACCGUACUGAACUCACCAAAGCUGCUGAAAUAUUAUCCAACUGUAUUACCAAAUUGGACUCCCCAAACGAAACUACUGGUACUUCUUCUUUGAUUUGUGGGAGUUUGUUACCAGAGUUUACUGGAGUAAAAGGUUGUGAGAUAGAUACUUUAUCCUGUCCAUCUUUAGAAACAUUCUAUGCAAUUUUUUUCCUUCCUAGAAAACCGGUCAAAUUGGAAGCUUGCAUGACUCACUGGCCUGCAUUGAACAAAUGGAAUAGUUUGGACUAUAUUUCUGCAAAAGCUGGAGGCCGUACAGUGCCAGUCGAGAUAGGAUCUCGUUAUGAUGAAGAAGAGUGGUCACAGUCUCUAAUGACUGUGAGAGAAUUCAUCAGAACACAUAUAACGAGUGAAAACAAACAAAAGAGGACAGGAUAUCUGGCUCAGCAUCAACUAUUCAAUCAAAUUCCAGAGCUUCUUACCGAUAUAUGUGAACCUGAAUACUGUUGCUGUUCUGAUAAGGAGAAUACUGAAUCAGGUGGCACAGAUAUCAACGCCUGGUUUGGACCAGCUGGUACAAUAUCUCCUCUGCACUAUGAUCCAAAACAUAAUAUUCUUGCUCAAGUUGUGGGCAGGAAGCGUGUCAUUCUCUAUGAUCCGAAAUAUUCUGACUGCCUUAGUUGUCACAAUUCUAAAUUACUCAAAAACACCGCUCAAGUAGACCCAGAGAAUCCAGAUUAUAAGCAGUUUCCAAAUUACAAGAAUGUACCAGCUCUAGAAACGAUUUUGCAUCCUGGUGAAAUGCUCUACAUUCCACCAACAUGGUGGCAUCAUAUUCGUUCUUUAGAUGUCAGUUUCUCAGUGAGUUUUUGGUGGGAAUGACUAUAAUAUUCAUAUAUUUUUUAAGUUCUACAGUCACUAUAAGCAGUAGGUAAAGUGACUAAUCUGUACUGCUAUAGUGAUUAUGCUGUAUUGAUGAUGUAUUUAUUGAUGCUUUAUUUAACUUCCAUGAUAUAAUAUUUUAUUUACAUACCGUGAUUUAUUCAGUUGAUACUGUAAUAAAUAGUACCUACCCUAUGAAAUAUGUUUUGUGAUUAUCUUCUCUUAUAACAAUAGUAAAUAGUCUUCCACAAUUUUCUAAGUUAAAUAAAACAUAUUUAUAGUGAUUCAUUUCAUAAAAGAAUUAGAAUUACAUAAAACUA